CGAUAUCUUUGUCUAAUUUGCGAACUGGCAUUGCGCACCCCAAAGGAGGGGAAACAAAAUCUUAUAUGACUUUUGAAAGAUACGGUGAAACACCAGCAAAAAAAACCACACUUCUCAUUGAGAAAAAACGGAGUAAAGGGUUCGAGCUGUGCAUGAAUUCAAAAGGGCGAACCAUAAGUCACCGGACUUCGAGUAACAGACAUCGGAAGUUACAGCCAUUCAGGUACACAUGAGCCUGCUGUUUUGCCAUUUUUCUAAAGACUUAAGCUGGUAAA